AUGUGCAAAGUGUACUUACAGCCGGGCCUCCCUUUUGGUUCCCUGCUGCAGGUGAUCCAGAAGCUAGUCUUCCCCUUCAGCCGCACAAAUUAUCGGCCUUCCAACCACCUGGAGCUCUUCCCUCAGCUGGAGUCGGUGCUUGUGCAGAAGGCGACUGCUUCUCCCCUGGCCACAGUCAACAUCCUCAUGUCACUUGUCCAGCUGCGUCACUUCCCACUGGCCGUCCUGCACAAGGUCUUUUCUCCCAGCUUCCUUGACAGUGUCACCAGUAGCCCCUGUGGGUUGAUCGUGCGCCGCUACCUCUCCCUCCUGGACGCGGCCGUUGCCCUGGAGGUCCAAGGAUACGAUGGCCCCCGCCUUGGCCCCCAGUACCGUGUGUGCAUGUUUGACGGUGCUCUCACUGCAGACGAGGCCAACCACAAAUACAGUUACAAAGGCCUCGUAGCAGAGGCUCUCCGGCAGCUCGUGGGGGAAGAAGGCUAUCGGCAGGACGCGGUGGUGCCCCCGGGGUACUGCGCAGACAUCCUGCUGGAGGUCUCCCGUUCGGGCUCCGUCCUCCCAUGGACCCCCCAGGCUGCAGCCCCCCUGGACGUCCCUGAUCUCCAGGCCCUCGCCUCGGAUACGCCGAGUGGGUCCCUCACCAGGCAGCCGGGGCCGGGCAGUCCCUCGGCAGGAAGGCUGCUCCUGCCAGAAGGGAGCCCGUGCCCACUGGCCCCCCGGGGCUGCGGCGGCCGCCUGAGGGAGGACCCCGGCCCAGGCCCCGCAGGCAGCCCAGCUGAGGCGGCCCCUCGCUCCACUGCCCCCCUCCUGGUCCCGGAGCCCCGGCAGCAGGACCUGCCAGAGGAGAGGCGACGCCUUCCGGCCGCCCCGGUGGCCACCCCAGGAGCUGUGCCCGGCGGCAUGGAGGCGGCCGAGGAGAUCCACAGGAUAGUGCUGUCUGUCAACGACAAGUGGCAUUAUUGCCAGAAUUCGGCUGUGCUGGUGGGCUCUCGAGCCAUGCGUGAUCGGCACCUCCUCCUGCUGGGCUACCACCUGCUGCAGGUAAGGGGGAGGGUCCUGGUGGAAGGAAAGCGCCUGAUGCUCCUAAGGCUGCGUGGGCUCCCGCUGGUCCGCCAGGGAGCAAGCGGCCAGGCCCGGCCAGUGGCCAAGGGGCAAAGCCCUCCUCCUCCUCGUGGCCUGCUCAAGGCCCCACCCAGGAGCAGGUGA